AUGGCUCAAGUGAUGCAGUAUCAACAGAAUUAUAAUGCGUGCAUGAUUACAAGAGAGUGGUUUGGUUUUGAAUACGUGUUAAUUGCCAUGUCAGGGAUGCCGUCGAUGUCACCAAUGGCGGGCAUGACCCCGAUGUCGAGUUUGUCGAUGCAGAUGCACCACCAGAGCCACGUGAUGGACUACGGUGGCGGAGUUCACUAUCCUUCCUACAACCCGGCUCCGCACCAUUUCCAGUCCCCGAACCAGUCCUCCUACUGGUUUUCGGCUCCGACCUCGAGCCACAACCAAAUCUCCGAGCCGCUGACCCCUUCCUACACGAUGCAGUCGAUGCCGUGCAGCCCGAGCUCCUGGAGCACCCAGACUCAUCUGCCCCAGGUGAUCCCCCCCCAGCAGUACCCGAUGCCCCCGACGCCCCCCGGCCUUCCGACGAGCCCUCAGACCCACGCGACCCCUUAUCAGUGGCCCCCGAUGUCCUUGACGCCGCCGGCCGAGCACCGGCUGAUAGCAGGCGAGGAGGCGAAGCCCGCCUCGAGGAAGUGCACCAGGUGCCAAUGCCCGAACUGCCUGAUGGACGGCGUGGCGCCCCUGAACGCUGAUGGAAAGCGGCAGCACAUUUGCCACGUGCUCGGGUGCGGCAAGGUCUACGGAAAGACGUCCCAUCUGAAGGCCCACAUCCGGUGGCACACCGGUGAACGGCCGUUCGUAUGCUACUGGGUAUUUUGCGGGAAAAAGUUCACGAGGAGCGACGAACUGCAGCGACACCUGAGGACCCACACCGGGGAAAAGAGGUUCUCCUGCACCACCUGCGACAAGAAGUUCAUGCGUAGCGACCAUCUCACCAAACAUGUUAAGACCCAUGAAAACCAGAAGAGAAAGUCCUCGCGGAAGGAUUCCAACAAGGAGAAUGAGGCCGCUAUUUCCACCCCCGUGCCACACCACCCCCUUUCACCCCGGGAAUAUCACGUCCCUGGACGCUAUCCUGAGCCCUGA